AGAGCGGCUGCCGGCACUUCCGCAUCCGGCCGGGGGAGGAAGGGCGCCGCCAUGCGGGACAGGACGCGGGAGCUCCGCCAGGCCUACGGCAGCAGCUCGGAGGAGGACGAGGAGGCCGACGAUGGGGCCAAAGUGGCUUUAAUGAGGCUGAACCCACUCCUGCAGGCGGGGCGGGUGCGGGCGGCGCUGCGGGCGCUGGAGCUGAAGCUGGAGGCGCUGGAGCUGCUGCAGGAGGCGGUGCUGGGCAGCCCCCUGCCCCCCGAGGGGCAGCAGCGGGAUCUGCAGCUCCACCGGGAUGAGAUCCAGAAACUGACGCAGGAGAUCCGCUCCCGGCUGCAAGCGCUGGAGCCAGCGAAGGAGGAGGAGGGCGAGCACAGGAACAGCAUCAGGGCCCGGGUGAAGCGCACCCAGCAUGCGGCGCUGACUCAGCAGUUCCUGGCGCUCACCGGGCGCUGCCACGCGGCUCAGGCCUGGUUCCGGCAGCGGCGCCUCGAGAGGGUUCAGCGUCAGCUGCACGUGGCCGGCAGCGCCCCGGUCACAGAGGAGGAGCUGGAGCAGAUCCUGGAGUCGGGGCAUAGCGAGAUCUUCAUCAGCAACGUUCCGGGCGCGUCGCGGGCGCUGCAGGAGGUGGGGCUGCGGCACCGGGAGCUGCAGCGCCUGGAGCGGGGCCUCCGGGACCUGGGGGAGCUCUUCACCGUGCUGGGCACCAGCCUGGAGCAGCAGGGGGAGCUGCUGGACCGCAUCGAGCACCACAUCCAGGACUCCGGCUCCCGCCUGGACAAGGGCACCCGGCACUUGGAGGCAGCGACACGGAGCCAGCAGGGGGCACGAAAGAAGAAGCUGCUGGUGGCCGGGUGCGUGGUCAUCACUGGAGUCAUCGUCGCCGUCAUCAUCGCAGUCACCGUGGCAACCGGGUAGGCCACACCCC